ACCCAACUCCAAGGAGAGCAAAUCCAGAAAGAAACCCUAGAACAGGGCAACGAAAGGCCAUAAAGGCAGGAGAAGCUAAAAAGCUGGAAAAUCCGAUUGAAAAAGGCCAAACCAGUGGCAAGGAAGCAUAAAAAGCAAGGAAGAUGAAAGAAAAAUGGGCUACCGCCGGUCACCAAGAGGUGCCGGCGGCAACCCCUGCAAAAACCCAAGCAGAGGGGCUGGAGGAGAAGAGAGAAGACAGAGGAAAAUUUUGAAAAAAAGUAAGAGAGAGACCAUUCAAUCUACUGAAUUAUGUAAUUCUCCAAAAGAAAUGCCCUUAUUCUCUCUCGAUCUC